UGCUCUGACGCUCCCAGAAGCCGGGGCGUCGGGAGGGAGAGCGCGAAUUCCCCUUCCUCUGCGUCUCCCGAGGAGAAAUUGGAGCGGGGUUCGCGAGACUGCGCCGCAGUGGGCGCGGCGAGGAGCCGGGUGCCCUGCGCGAGGGUGUGGGUCCGGCGGGCAGCGGCGCCAGCCUCGGACUAGCGACUCCGGGGAGGGCGGGCUGCCUCCGGGAGGAGUCUGAGCCGCCCCGGGGCGCCUCAGCCAACCCGAGCGCCUUCCUCUGCUGCUUGGCGGGGCGUCCCCGCACCCACACCCGCAGCUCCGGGCUUGUCACUUCUGCGCCGCCUGGAAAGGGGACCGGACCGGGAGCGCUCCGGGGAGUCGUCAAAGAGGAUGCCUGGGUGUUGGCUCCGUUCCUAAGCUGCUUGCCGGCGCUGGCGAGGAAGGCAGUCGGGAUAACACCGCCCAAACUUUCCUUCGCGCAGCGUCGGGAGGAAACCUCCCUCUCUGAGGUUCGCGGAGAGCCAGAAGGAAGACUCGGAGCUCCCGGAGGGGACGGGGCCGAGCCUGCGCAGGAGGGCGCGCUCGGAGUUCCUGGGAGCCCUAGACGUGCCCUAAAGGACAGGACUAGUUGUUGGCGUGCGCCCUAGUCUAAGGGAGGUCCGGCGGACGCAGCGUCUCCACUCCUGCGCCCCUCACUGACCGUGGCCUCUGCGCGCUCCCUGCGCACGUGCUCGCGGCCGGGGACGAGGAAGGUCCGGAGGAACCCGCUGGGGGCAGGGAUUCGCGGGCAGGCCCAGGGCGCAUGGAGGCGCCGCGGGGGCGGUGCGGCUCACCAGCUGUGCGGGGGAGCGCGCACGCUGCGCCCAGGCCUCCCCGGGGACCCGACCGGCCGCUCCCCGCACUUCCUGCCGCCGGGCUCCGGGCAGCGGGCGGUCACUCCGAUUGCAGUGCCCGCUGAGUGUCGUGCCUGGCGGUGUCCCUGGACCCCCCGCGCGGGGCGGUGUGGGCAAGCGGCGGGACAGGUGUAGCUCGCAGCCGCGGGCGCCGCGUUCCGAAGGACUGGGUGGGCUCGGCUGGAGGGGAGUUGGCUCCCGGGGCCCAGAACUCCGGUCUUUGCCGCGCAGGCCAGUCGGUGCGCUACUUUGCAUCGCCGCGGCCGGAGCCUCGGGCCGCCAGUCGGGGUGAAGGAAGUCCUGGCGGAGCCCCGUUCCUCGGCGGCCGCCCAGGCGCGAUCCUGAUGCCCGCUGCCUGCGGCGGGCCCCGCUCCGGCCCCGGGACCUAGGCAGCUGCGCGCGGCCGCCGCCGGCGCCUCCCCCAUGCUGCUCGGAGCGUCCUGGCUGUGCGCGUCCAAGGCGGCCGCCGCUGCUGCGCAGAGCGAGGGCGACGACGACAGGCCGGGUGAGCGGCGGCGGCGGCGGGCGGCGGCCACGGCCGCGGCGGCGGGCGAGGACAUGGACGAGUCGUCGCUGCUGGACCUGCUGGAGUGCUCAGUGUGCCUGGAGCGGCUGGACACCACGGCCAAGGUGCUGCCGUGUCAGCACACCUUCUGCCGCCGCUGUCUGGAGAGCAUCGUGUGCUCGCGCCACGAGCUGCGCUGCCCUGAGUGCCGCAUCCUGGUCGGCUGCGGCGUGGACGAGCUGCCCGCCAACAUCCUGCUGGUGCGCCUGCUGGACGGCAUUCGCCAGCGGCCCCGCGCUGGUGCCAGCCCCGGCGGAAGCCCGCCCGCGCGCCCCGGCCCCGGCUCAGGGGCGGCCUCCGCGCUCGCGGGUGGAGGGGGCAGCGCGGCGGGCAGCGCCCCGGGCUCCCCGGUGUUUCUCUCUGCCGCGGCGGGCAGCGCCACCGCCAGCCUGCGUGAGCUAGCGACCGGCAGGAGUGCGCCCGUGGCAAAGACUCUUUCCCAGCUUCCCUAUGGGAAAGCUCUCUACAGUUAUGAGGGGAAAGAACCCGGCGACCUCAAGUUCAGCAAAGGCGACAUCAUCAUCCUGCGGCGCAGGGUGGAUGAGCACUGGUACCAUGGGGAGCUGCACGGGGCUCAUGGCUUCCUGCCCGCCAGCUACAUCCAGUGCAUCCGGCCCUUGCCACAGACCCCGCCCCAGGGCAAAGCACUUUAUGAUUUCGAGAUGAAGGACAGAGACCAGGACAAGGACUGUUUGACCUUCACCAAGGAUGAGAUCCUGACUGUCAUCAGAAGAGUGGAUGACAACUGGGCAGAAGGCAUGCUGGGAGACAAGAUUGGGAUCUUCCCCCUGCUGUAUGUGGAGCUCAAUGACUCAGCCAAGCAGCUCAUUGAGAUGGACAAGCCGUGCCCAGCUGCUGCAUCUGGCUGCCAUGCCUCCUUGCCCUCUGACCCUGGCGCGGCAGCCAGUGUGGCCCCAGGACCCACGUUAAGCAGCACUGGGGCAGUCAGUGCCUUUCAGCGGCGUGUGGACAGCAAGAAGAAUGCCAAGAAGCGCCACUCCUUCACUGCGCUCAGUGUGACACACAAGUCCUCCCAGGCCACCAGCCACAGGCACUCCAUGGAAAUUAGUGCUCCGGUCUUGAUCAGCUCCAGCGAUCCCCGGGCUGCAGCCAGGAUUGGUGACCUGGCUCAUCUGUCCUGCAGUGCUCCUGCCCAGGACUCCUCCUCCUCGGCCGGACCCGCCCCAGCGGCUGAACAGCAAGGCACAGCUCCCAAAGUCCAGCUGCCCCUCAACGUGUACUUGGCGCUCUAUGCUUACAAGCCCCAGAAGAACGACGAGCUGGAGCUGCGAAAGGGCGAGAUGUACCGCGUCCUAGAGAAGUGUCAGGACGGCUGGUUCAAGGGGACAUCCCUGAGGACUGGACUGUCUGGGGUGUUCCCAGGAAACUACGUGACGCCCGUCUCCAGGGCUCCGGUAGGAGGGGCUGGGACACCCCGGAAUAAUGUUGUUGGAGGGUCUCCACUGGCCAAAGGGAUGGCCACAACCAUCCACCCAGGUGGUGGAAGCCUGAGCAGCCCAGCCACUGCCACGAGGCCGGCCCUUCCCCUCACCACACCCCAGGCCCAGCACCAGGCGGCCGCCCCCCCAGUGGGCAGUUGUCUGCGCCACACAGCCCAGCCGGCCACCAGCCAAGCCCGGGGCACCGUCCCCACAGCUGCCCACUCCUCAGCCCAGGCUCAGGACCGACCAACGGCCACCGUGUCGCCCCUGCGCACCCAGAACUCCCCGUCCCGCCUGCCCACCGCCAGCCUCAGGCCCCACUCCGUGGUGUCCCCACAGCACAUCCACCAGCCCCAGGUGCAGACGGUCAUCGGGGCCCAGUGCCCCCGGCCGGCCAUCCCGCUUACGUCUGCAGCGUCAGCCGUCACACCUCCCAAUGUCAAUGCCGCCAACCUCAACGGGGAGGCUGGAGGGGGGCCUGUCAGUGGCCUGUCGACAUCCAGCCCCACCAACACAGGAUGCAGACCAGAUGAGAAAAAAAAUGAGAAGAAAGAGAAGAAAAGUGGGCUGCUGAAGCUUCUUGCUGGGGCGUCUACCAAGAAGAAAUCUCGCUCCCCACCAUCCAUUUCUCCAACCCACGAUGCCCUGGUGGCAGUGGACACCUCACUCCAGGGUGCCGUGGGACCCGAAGUAUCCUCACUGUCCAUCCAUGGCAGGGCAGGGUCCUGCCCCAUAGAGAGCGAGAUGCAGGGUGCAGUGGGGAUGGAGCCACUGCACAGAAAGGCAGGCUCCUUGGAUCUGAACUUCUCCUCAUCUCCCUCCAGGCAAGCACCUCUCUCCAUGGCUGCCAUCCGUCCGGAACCCAAGCCUUUGUCCAGGGAGAGGUACCGCGUGGUGGUCUCUUACCCUCCCCAGAGCGAGGCAGAGAUCGAGCUGAAGGAAGGUGACAUUGUCUUUGUGCACAAGAAGCGUGAGGACGGCUGGUACAAGGGGACCCUGCAGAGGAAUGGCCGCACCGGUCUCUUCCCGGGAAGCUUCGUAGAGAGCUUCUGAGGACACACUCUCCACACCCCACUCCCCAGGCAUGAAGGCUCCCUGGGAUCCCCAGGGCACAACAAGAGAAGUCAAGGCUGUCCUGAGGGUCCCAGGUCCCUUUCAAGGCUCCUGACAUGGCCACCCUGGAUGGGGGUGGGAGCCCAUAACUCCCAACCAAGAGCACACCCUGGGGUUGUUCUCUGACAAAAUGCUUCCCUCUGCAUAAACUGUAAAGAAAUAUCUUUGAAAAGAGAAGCUGCUGAUGCGGGUUGAUUUGCUCUGUGACUUACUGCUAAGCUGCAGCAUUCUUGUUUGCUGCCUAUGCAAGGCCGAAAGCUGCAGAAGGGCUGUGGGGGUUGGGCGGUGGGCAUGGCGCC